CCAGAAACUCCUCAUACAUUCAUCACUCGAGCUGAUAGGAUGCAGCGACAUCAUGGUGUUGAACGACACCGAACACGUGGUACGUUGCUGCCUUCGAGCUGUUCAGAGCUUAGUGAAGCUGAGAAUGUUGCGGGUUGUUUGAAGCGAGGUCUAGAAGCUCUAGAAGCUCCAAUAAUGAUGAAGAUGACACGCACCUGUCGCUUGCAGUGACCAGGAAGGCGAGCAAGUUGCAUCUCGAAGAACCGGCGUCACCACCGCAUCAGCAGGAAGAAGACAAUGAUCAUGAGGAGCACGAAGAGCUCGAAUCUCGUGCGUCUCACUCCCGAACAGGCAGUAGUGUCAGUCAUCGUAGUGCUAGUAGCAGUAUUUACGACUAUCUAGACGCUUUGGAGAGCGAGAAUGCAGUUCAAUUGCCCUCAAUCACUAGUCGAGCCUCGAGUGCACCAUCAUAUCGAGCAAGUCACGCAAGAAGAACAUCGAAGGAGCUCAACUCGAGGAGGGCAAACGGUGGUAGUGCAUUUGGUGGUGGCUCUCCGCUACAUUCCGUUCGCUCAGCUUUCAGUGGCCGAGACGAGAGCAACAACUCGCAUCGGUACUAUGUCGGUAUCAAGGAAAAGCUGGCAACAAUCACGAUCGAGUUGAAUGACAAGACGAAGACCAUUGAACUGCUGAAGCUAGCAAGAAAGAAAGAUGCCGCUAAGACGAAGCAGCUCCUGGCAGAAGCUGAAGAGCACAUGAAAGAAGCACUUGCUGCACAGCAACAGAAAUUCAACAAGGAGCUGGAAAAGCAAAUGGAUUUCGCUCAAAACCUUGUGACAGAAAAGUCCGAGCUGGCAAAGCGAUGUGACGAGUUAGUGGCCGAGGUUCAGAAGGCUAAAGCCGAUAAUGCACGCGAAGCAGAACGUUUCAAACUGAAGCUCAAGGAUGCAAAGGAGCGCUGGGCAGUGCAGGAAAAAGUUCGACGAGACCAAUGGAUCGUCAAGAAGACUGAGGAGAUCAAGAAAUCGACCGUCGCAGCGCUGGAGCCUGACAUUCAGCUUAUUCUAGCCAAAGGUAAGACAGAUCUAGAGAAGGCACGCGAGGCUGCCGGCGAGGAACGCAGGAAACUACAGGUACAGCUCGAAAAAGAGCGCGAUGUCGCGCUGCAACGCUUAAAGGACGACUAUGAACGAAAGUUGGUCGAGGCAAGAGAGAAGGAACGGGCUAAAUUAAUGACUCGGUUAGAUGCUGCUGAUGCAGAACUGCAGCAACAGCUCAGUACUCAACGUCGACGAUUCCAGGAGGAGACCGAGGCAACUAGGAACGAGUUGUAUGCCGAAAUGCGUGCAGCAAAGCUUGCUCAUACAAAAGAAAUGGACGAACUUAAGGAGCAGAAUAUGAAGAAACUGCAAGCUGCAGCCGAGAAAUCGCAGAAAGAGAAACAGGAUCUCAUGGCAAAGUAUGAGAGCGAGUUUAUGGCUCUACGCGAACAGACAAGUGUCGAAUGUGAACAGUUUAAAGUGCAACUUAGCAGUAAACUACGCGGUGAAAUGGGUAAAGAGAAACAGGAACUGGAGAAGCAAAUGUUGCAGUCACGCGAUGCAAAGAUUGAGUUGGUGAUCGAAAAACUCCAGGAAGAAAGUAGGCAGAUGGUCGAGCGUGCCGAGCGGAAGGCACAGAAGAAGUUCAGCCACGACAGAGCCGAAUACGAGCGUAAACUCAAACAAACGGGCGAGAUUGAGGGCGUGUGGAUGGAAAAGAAUCGCGAAUUGCACGAAAAGUUGAGCAAACUGGAGCGACAGCACGACGAUUUGAGGCGAGAGAACGAGGCUCUUGGACAAGAUUUACGACAGGCCGGCGAUAAAACGAGCGACUUGGCACGUCGUCUGCACGAGGAGCGAAAACAGCACGGGGCCUCAAUAGCGCAGCUGGAGAAGCGCUGUAGCUCUCUACAGACCGACAGCGAGUACACUCAGCAGCAACAGAGCGUGGAGAUCACGUCUCUCCGUGAAAAACAGGCAACAAUGGAGAGUCAUUUCCAGCAGCAAGUCCAGAAGCUGCGUGACGAGCAUGACACGGCUUUGGCAAACUUGCACGAGCGUGUAAAGGCAACCGUUGCAAGGAAAGAUCAAGCCAUUGCGGACUUGCAAGAAGAGCUUCAUUUGCUGCAAGUAAAGCUGGACAAGAGCCAUGCUCUUAUUGAAGAGCAGCGUCUGCAACUUUUCAGUCAGUAAAAUAUAUCCCAAGAAAUUUUUAAUACAGAAAAAAACAAAAGGCAAAUUGAAUAGGAUU